AUGUUCGUUGCCCUCGCUGGUGCUGGAGGUGCUGGAGGUGCUGCUGGUGCUGGAGGUGCUGCUCGUGCUGGAGGUACUGGAGCUGAAGGUGCUGGAGGUGCUGGAGGUGCUGCUGGUGCUGGAGGUACUGGAGCUGGAGGUGCUGGAGGUGCUGCUGGUGCUGGAGGUGCUGGAGCUGCUGGUACUGGAGGUGCUGGAGCUGCUGGUACUGGAGGUGCUGGAGCUUCUGGUACUGGAGGACUGGAGCUGGUGGUGCUGGAGCUGGUGGUGCUGGAUGUGCUGGAGCUGGUGUGCUGGAGGUGCUGGAGCUGGUGGUGCUAG